AUGCUAGGAUUCAUGACAGUCGAGGAGGCUGUUGUUGGACCGAGUCAACUUCGCUUUCGGCUCGUUCGCAUAGGCAGAAUCAAUUUUUCACACGAUUCAGCGGUUCGAUUGAUGUUUCGUGAAUGGACGCUGUUGGAUGAAGAACGACUUGAGUCACGGCUUCUAAUGACCACCACUGUUACCAGGAAACUAAUGGAACAUACUUUUAUCAUAUACAGGAAGAUUUACCCAUAG